AGCAGAUAGGUAGUAGUCAAGGGUUGUCAUCAGCAAAAAUAGUCCGUUUUGGAGAAACACUUUGUUUGGCAAACUGGAAUGUGUUCUAUCCUACAGUGUUUAUUUUAAGCAUAGAAGUAUAGUAUAUUGUAUCAUUGUUUUAUUGAGGAUUGCACUCUUGACUUUGUAAUAAAUAAUGGCAUUUGGGGAAGUUUGGAGUUCAUGAAGUGCCACCGCAGUCCUCUGGGCUUUUGACUCCGUAGCCUUGGAUGGAGUGAGUGCGUGCGUGAGGGGCUCAGCCACCCACCGACUUCUGUAGACUUCUUAUAGCUCAAAGCUGCUUAUCAAUUCUCAAUCAAGUAGGUUUUAAAUAUAUUGGUUGUAUGAGUACUAUGGGAGGACUUAGCCAGAUGAAACUGGCAGUUAACUUUUUAACCAYCGGAUUGGUUCUCCUUAGUCUACCAUGUGGAUCAUACACGGAGAUUCCACCCAAACCCCCUGGUUCGGUGACCGUCCUACCCCCUGUCAAGCCAGCGGGGGGUCCACAAGCGUUUCCCGACGCGGAGAACUCGAAUCUCCCGGUCUUCACAAUGGAUUAUCCCCGUAUACAGGUGCCGUUUGAGGUCACGCUUUGGGUGCUGCUCGCGUCAUUCGCCAAGAUUGGUUUCCAUGUAUACCACAAGAUUACCUUCUGGGUCCCAGAGUCAUGUCUCCUGAUCAGUAUUGGGCUGAUCGUAGGGGCCAUCAUGCACUCUGUCCACGAGGAGCCCCCUGCUGUGCUCAGCUACAACGUAUUCUUCCUCUUCAUGCUGCCUCCCAUCGUACUGGAGUCUGGAUACUUUAUGCCCACGCGACCGUUCUUCGAGAACGUGGGAACGGUGCUUUGGUUUGCGGUGGUGGGCACCCUGUGGAACAGCAUUGGGAUAGGGAUGUCUCUGUAUGCGGUGUGUCAGAUCGAGGCGUUUGAGGUGCAGGACAUUAACCUUCAGGAGAACAUGCUGUUUGCUGCCAUCAUCUCAGCUGUGGACCCAGUGGCCGUGCUCAGCGUGUUCGAGGAUGUCUCUGUCAACGAGCAGCUCUACAUCGUGGUGUUUGGAGAGUGCCUGUUCAACGAUGCUGUCACUGUGGUGCUGUACAACAUGUUUAACUUCGUAGCAGAAAUGCUGGUGGAGCCGGUCGAUGUAUUUCUGGGCGUGGCUAGGUUCUUCGUGGUGGCUGGGGGUAUGGGCUUUGGUGUCAUCUUUGGCUUCGUAGUCUUCACCACACGUUUCACCUCUAACGUCAGGGAGAUAGAACCCCUCUUUAUCUUCAUGUACAGUUACCUGGCCUACCUGGUAGCAGAGCUGUUCUCCAUCUCCAGCAUCAUGGCCAUUGUGACCUGUGCCCUGACCAUGAAGUACUUGGAGGAGAAUGUCUCCCAGCGGUCCUGCACCACUAUCCGCCAUGUGGUCAAGAUGUUGGGCACCAUCUCAGAAACCCUCAUCUUCUUCUUCCUGGGCGUGGUCACCAUAAACAACGAACACGAGUGGAACUGGGGCUACAUCAUGUUCACGCUGCUGUUGGGCCUUAUGUGGAGAGGCCUGGGUGUCCUGGUGCUGACCCAGAUCAUUAACCCUUUCCGCACCAUCCCCUUCAACUUCAAGGACCAGUUUAUUCUGGGUUAUGGUGGCCUGCGAGGGGCAAUCUCCUUUGCCCUGGUCUUCACCCUGCCAGACAGCAUCGGCCGCAAGAAACUCUUUGUCACCACCACCAUCUGUAUGAUCAUGUUCACAGUCUUCAUCCAGGGAAUCAGCAUACGGCCCCUGAUCGAGUUCAUCAACGUCCGCAGAACCAACCGCAACCUGGAGACCAUCAACGUAGAGAUCCACUCCAGGCUCAUAGAGCACACCAUCGCUGGGGUAGAGGACCUCUGUGGCCAGUGGAGCCACUACUACUGGAAGGACAAGUUUCUGAAGUUUAAUAACCGGAUCCUGCGUAAGAUCCUGAUCAGGGAUAACCGGGCAGAGUCUAGCAUUGUGGCUCUUUACAAGAAGCUGGAGCUGCAGAACGCAAUGGAGAUAUUGGACACAGUGUCUGGCGACAUCAACGCUGGUUCCUCCAUUGUCCCUCUACACGAGGAGAAGAAGGGCUCUGGUAAACCCAAGAGGAAGUUUGUGGCUGCGGACCUGAUGAACAUGCAUGACAUUCUGUCCAAGAACAUGUACAAGAUCAGACAACGGACCACGGCGUACACCACCAAGCACUCCCUGCCCAACGACAGCCGGACAAAAGAGAUCCUGAUCCGACGGCACACCAGCAUCCGACGCAGCCUCCGACCCGGCAGCUUAAACGGACCGAAUGAGGCCAAAUCCCAGAAGUACUUUUCUCUCCCUCCAGGGAAGAGUCUGGACUCAAAGUUCCCUCCUCAGAGACUGAGGCAUACAGGUAAUGAUGAUGAUGAGACCAUGUCGGAGGUGGAUUACCCAUCAGCCCGCUCCAGGUUUAACCAGCCCAGUCGCUCCUCAUCCCGAGCAAUGCUGCCCCUACGCAGGCUGAACACACUGACAGAGGUGCCCUCUAGCUCUGUAGUGGACCUGGUGGAUGAGAGGAGUGGAGGAAGAGGUGCCUGGGGGCGUGGCAUGUCCCGACUAAACUACUCCUCCAGUGACUCCCGGAUACCCGUCCCUCGCCACGACCCCUCCAACGGCCCUGAUAAUGGCUCCUCAGGUGACCAUGGCAGCGGUGACCACAGGCCAGAGGGGGAGCAGCAGCCCUUGUCCCCGACCCCAGCCUGGGCUGCAGAGCCUGGUGACCGUGACGACAGCGGAACGCAGAAACCCCUGCUCAGGCCACAGUGGAAGACUCGGAAACCCUAGAACCCCUGAGGACUAAUCAGCUGUCAGGAAAGUAGCAGGAGGGCUGCUAUAGGCUGUCUUGGGUUCUAAUCUACAACGACUCCAGAAUCUCAGAACUGUGAAGUGUCAAAUACCACAAGAUUAAAAUGCCCUACAAGCCAAGGGGAAUGGAUAAUUGGAUUGUCUACAGUGAUUCUCAACUGGGAGUUUUUUAAUGGGUCAGUGUAAUUUUUUUUUUUAAAUACCCUAGUCUGAACUUAAACAACUAAAACCAGGUAGAAAGUGUGUAGAAUUGAUAAUGAACCUAUAUUUUUAGUAUAAUUUAACCUCUGAACUAUUUUUCUUUAAAACAGUGUUCCAUAUUGAGUUACUAGYAGAUUUGGUUGCUUUUGAGAUCUUAAACCAGUGAGCAUAACAUUCUUCAUCAAGAAUAUGUGCAAAAUGUAAUUAUUGACAAUGAAAAAAGUGGGACUGUUGUUCCCUUGUCAUAUAAUUUUUACAUUUACUAUCAAUAUAGUAUUAAAAAUAGUUUUCCAGAUUGCAUUUUUCCCCCCAAAAUUGUUGUGAUGCCAAUAUUGGAUCGUGACUGAGACAACCUGGUUCAAUUUGGGUCCCGAGGCAAAAGCAGUUAAGAACCACUGGUCUACAACCAACCACUCUCUGAAGAACAAAGACUCUUACAACACAUCACUCUAAAUAAGAUAUCAAGUAAAACAAUUCAAAAAGACUCAUCUUCACUAUUAGACUCACAGAGAUCCUAUUAAAUUAAUAGAGAUUCUAUUUGUCAUUCUACAUUAUGUUUAUGUGUACACAUGCUUGUACUAUACCAGGAAGACAUUUGAUUUACUUUCACCCCUGGUUUUACCUGCAAGAUUUCAAUGACAUUCUUUAGUAGAUUUUAAUACAUUGGUAUAUCUCUAUGCAAGUGAAGACACUUUCAGGAAAGACACUUCUUAUCUUCUAGCUUUUCUGUUUUUUUGUUUCUCCUUGUGUCUGAUAUUCAGACCAGUAAUAUCUUAACAGGGUCUUCAUGAACACUGCUCUGACUAUCUGUGUUACUUUAGUUAAGUAAUAAAAUCUUGAUGUAUAAUGUUGAAA